ACAAGAAAGCAUGCUCUAAUUAAUGUCUGCAAGGAUUAGAAUUAGGGUUUGCAGUGGAAAGGGAAGAAAUUGGGCGAAGGGGGAGGGACGAUAGGGAGCAUAAAUCUAAGUCGAAAAGAUGACACAGAGGAAGUGAACGUAAGUGGUAACUGGUAAGGUCCAUCGGCUCCCUUGCUCCAUCCAGUUCAAGGGUCCUUGCUCUGUCUCUGGUCACUAUUUCAAACCCAGAGCCACAGGGACGGAAUUGCAUGGGUUAAGACUUGAAGAAGCUAGCUUCAGGGGAAGGAAGUACCAUUUCCCUUCCGAAUGGCUAUUCGGGAAUUUGUUCUAGGAAAGAAGAGCUUGAGCAGUAAAAGAGCUCUUGAUACUUCUGAAGGGAAUCCAAACUGUUAGGAGAUGAAAGUAAAAUUUGAUAAAUUAGCAUAUUGGAAUGAUGAAAGCAUUCCUUCAAAGGAUGAUGCUUUUUGACGACAUUUCCAUUGGUUUUCGGUAGCAGAAGCAGUAAGUUUCUCUUUCUUCCAAAGUGCAGUAUUUCAUAUAAUUUCUAAGGCCUGCUAAACAUAUAUGGAUAAAUAUUUGGUUAUAGAUAAUGAUGCUUGACUCAUAUAUAAUAUUUUUCAUGAUAACCAUAUAAAACAGAUUUUGUAACUAUGUAAAUUUGAGGAACCCAUGCUUGUUUAAGUCCAUAGAGAGAUUUUGUUAAUUGACAGACACGUUCUCUUUUUGGGUCAUAUUCUGGUGGUAAUUGCAUAAUUGCAUGAGACCUAUUCUUUACGAUCUCCAUGAAGGAAGGCAUUGUGAAUGUUAAGUUGAUGUAAUUCCCAAUUUCGAAUUGAGGCCAUAGCUAAAAGGCAUCUUAUUAUAACUAACUUGGCCAUUAGAGCAAAAGUAUCAUGAUAAUCAAGCCUCUCAACUUGUGUAAAUCCUUUUGCAACAAGACAAGCCUUGUAUCUUUCAAUUGUGCCAUCAGCCUUGUAUUCUAUUUUGUAGACCCAUUUGCAACCUAUCGGUUUUUUUUUUCAAAAGGGAGUGUCUCCAAGGUCUAAGAAUUAUUUUUCUCUAGGGCUUUAAUUUCUUCUUUCAUUGCUUGUCUCCACUUUGGAUCUUGAACAGCCUAAGAAAAAGAUUUUGGCUUAUCUUCAAUAGAGAUGGCGGCUAAAAAAGAGCAGUGAGAAGGACUAAAUUUUUCUUAAGAAAUUAAAUGAGAAAUUAAAUGUCUUGUACUAGAAGUUUUGGUUGAUUCAUUGUUUUGUACCUGCACUUCAUUUAAGAUGUAAUCAGUGGGACAGGAAGGUUUCCUUUUCUCACGUUGGGGCCGUGCAAUUGCUUCCUGUUGGGUGCUUGUAGCAUUUGUAGUUUCUGGUGUAAACCUAGGCACAUGGGUAAGUGGCAAGGGGGUAUUUGUAGUUGCAUUUUGGUUUGUGUCAAGUGGGCUUGAAUUAGAAUCCUACAUUACAGCACAUGUUGAUUCGAAUGCGGUUGUGAUUGCAUGAUGAACGGCUCAUUUUUCUCCACCACUUGCAUUUUCUUGAUUUAAAUUUGCAUCUUGCAAAUUCAUCUUUUGUGUGCACGUGGUACUAUCUAAUUCACUCUAAUUUCCAUGUGGCAUUAUUUCAAUGACAUCAUCAUAAUAUGAUGGCAAGGGAAUAGUUGAAGUCUGUAAAUGAACAUGGAUUUGUGUC